CGUAUUGAUUGCUGCGGAGCAGUGAGGAUCGGAAGAACGUCGGUGGAAGAGGAAGUCGUGGCUGGUCGAAGGUGUUUCAACGGUGGAAGACUGGUGAUCGUUGCUGGAUAAGAGGACAGAGAGAAGAGCCAGAGACUGCAAGAGAGUAAGAGAGAGAGGAAAAGAUAGAAUUUUCGGGAAAAAAGGGGGGACAACCCCCCCCUCGAGCAGAGGGUUGUGAUAUCGGCAGUGCCGUGGGGUUACGGGACCGUAGAGAAACAGUUGGGAAACUGGAAGGGUAUAGAGGAGAGAUCGUUCGGUGGUUAGUGCGCGUCCAACGCGGGGAAGUGGACGAGGAAGAAGAGGAAGUCUCUAGCACGGAGGCUGGUAGGAGCCACGAGGCGUACGGAGUUGCAGCGCGGCGUGCGCCCCGUGGCAGCACGAAAUUAUGAAGCGCAUAAAGUGUGCCCCUCUGGCCACCGUUUCUGAUAGCCGCCGGUGAAUGUGUGACCCGGGGGCAGCAGAGAUCCGCCGUGAUGACGACCGAAGAGACGACCGAGCAGCCCCCGGUAGACGACUGCCUGAAGGUUCGGAAAUGGUGGUGCUUCCUUCUGUCGAGCAUCUUCACCUUCCUCGCCGGGCUGCUGUUCGUACUCCUCUGGCGUGCGUUCGCCUUCCUCUGCUGUCGCAAGGAGCCCGAAUUCGCCCCAAAUGACCCGAAGCAGAAGGAGCAGAAAACGAGCCGCCAGGGCAAAGAGUUCGAGGGGACUUUUAUGACCGAAGCCAAGGACUGGGCCGGUGAAUUAAUUUCCGGACAGACCACCACUGGACGUAUCUUGGUGGUGCUAGUUUUCAUUCUCAGUAUAGCGUCGCUUAUAAUAUAUUUCAUCGAUGCCUCCAGGUAA